AGCAUUUAUUCAGUCGACAUCACACAUUCAAUCGAAACAGUAACGGUUCGACGUGACGUUGUUGCGUUCGGUUUGUAUAGAAAUGAGUUUAUGAAUUCUAGAUAUUCAAAAAAAACGACGAAACGAAAAACAUUUGAAUUCAGCUCGCGAUUAAAUAUGAGAAAAUUUUAACAUUUUUGUGAUGAUAAUAAAAUUGUGGAAAGAAAUUUAAUAAAAUAAAAUAGAAACAGAUAGCGGGCAUAGCCAGUGAAGACGUCAGUAGUAAUAUCUAUAUGUUAUCUACAGUUAACAAAAUACAUAAGGUGUGUGUUGUGGUGUAUUCAACAUCAAAAGAAGGUAAUCGAGCAAUGAGUAAUUUUCGCAUAAACGUUUGAGAUAAGAAUCCUGAGAAAAUUAUUCGAAAGAUUGGAUUUUCUUUCUUUUUUUUCGAAAAAAGAAUUGACAUCAAACAUUUGUUAAUUCGGAAUUUUGUGUUUUAGUGUCUAUUAUAUAGAAAAAGAAACAAAAUAAUAAAACACAACUGGCGUGGUAUACAUAAUACAUUGAUCGUUAAACUGUGGAAUUUCAAAUAUUUUGUAACAAAUGUGAGUGAGUGUAGGUGUUAAACGGAUCGUAUUUUUGUCUAUACAGAAGUGAAUAAUUUUUUUCGUUUUUGCUCAAUAUAAAUCUGAGUAAAUUUAAAUUGGAAAUAAUGAAAGUGAUCGUCUAAGAAUUUUAUAUUGGAAUAAACAUGAGCGCUACAUCUGUGAUAAGUUCGAUAAUUUGGCUGUUCCUAUGUGGAAUUGUUGCAUCACAGGACGACCUCGAUUAUGGCAAUGUUGCCGUAUUUUUUGGGGCGCCCCUAAUUACACCAAAUGAAAAAGAUGUCACCUUGGAACUGGGCUCAAAUGCCACUAUGAACUGUGCUUCCAAAUAUCCAAUAACGUGGAAACCGUUUCCUGACUUUAAUGGCAUCUACCAUGUAAGCUAUAAGGAGGUACCAGAGAAUGAACGACGGUACGAGAGUACGAUCUAUUUGAUUGACGUUACGCAUUAUUAUGUGGGCGAUUUUUACUGCGUUAACAACGAUUCCUUUGCUGACGAAAAUUUGGAAAAUCUGAAAACCGAAUUUAAAAUAUCCGGAAUUUAUGUGUAUGUUAAUGACGUGGAAAAUUUAUUGGUUCAUAAUGACUUUCCGAUGAUAACUGGUGUUCAGAACGUCGAUAUCGUUAUACCAUGCAAACCGACAUCGAAAAAUGUGGCAGUGAAAUUGAUUAAAGAAGGUGAUGAGUCACAUCAUUUUCAACAUACAUAUGAUCCAGCUAUUGGUUAUACACUCCAAUUACAUCAUAUUACGGACGGUGGAACCUUCACAUGUUCGGCAGUGAAUGAUUCAAGUGGAAACGAAAUUCAUUUCGAUGUCUAUGUCACUUCCAACAACGAUCAUGUAAACAAACCUAAGGUACAAUCAGCUACCGGAUCGUAUGGAACGCAAGGUGAACAAUUGACUUUAAAUUGUUCGGUAGACAUUCGCAAGGGUGUUCUAUUUACGAUGAAUUGGAAACUGCCGAAUGACAAUGUUUCAUUAAAUGAAAACCGAGUGAUCAAGUCUGCAACCACAAAAAUGGAUCACCCAACGAGCUCUGAGCUACAAAUUGGAUUUAGCACCAUUACGAUCUUAGAUGCCGACAUCGACAAGGAUAAGGGCUACUACAAGUGUGAAGUGAUUGACCAUUCAAUGAACCGGAAUAGCGACCAAAUUUUGAUCACCAUACUGAAGAAAGAUCAAGGAUCGAUUGAAAUCUAUGAGCCAAGCGGAACAUACAAAAUCGAAAUUAGUUCAUCAAGACCGCAAGCAGUUUGGAAGGUUAAAUUCAAAGGUCAUCCGAAACCGACUCUGGUCUGGUAUGACAAUUUUGGCAGAGAGAUUACAAAGUUGGGCAGCAGUGACAAGACCGGCAAAUACGAGACGAACACUACCCACGACUAUACCAUUCUCAAGAUAAGAUUCUUGGAAUUGAAAGAUUCGGGAUUUUAUACGUUGGAAGCAUACAACGGAAUACUGUCAACGGAGAAAAAAUUCGAACUGGUUGUUAAGGAACGUCCAUCGGUCAAGGUCGGCAGUUUGUUUGUACAGAAGGGUGAAAUGGCCAAAUUUGUUUGCGAUUGUGCCGGUUAUCCUGCAUCAACAAUAUCGUGGACAUUCACUCCAUGCAGUAUUACGCCAGAGUGGCCCAAUUGUGAAUUGAGACAACGUGCCGUUGUGCAAUUUCCCUUUUCGAUUCAGGGAGAGUACAUCAACACAACAUCCGAGACAGUCCUGGCUCAAAGAUCCGAACUUAAUCUAUAUCCGUCGGGGCCAGGUAAAGUCGAAUGCAUAGCGGAGAAUACAGAGGGAAGUGAUUCAUCGACAGCGUUCUUAGAAAUAACCGAUAUUGAAACUCCAUUUGGCAUUUCGGGAAUAGAUGAUGUUAGAAAAAUAGCUGCAGGUGAUAAUGUAUCAAUGACAUGUGGAGCUUCUGCUUACAAUUACACAUCCGACAUAAAUUGGUAUCGGGACAACAUUCUCAUCGAAUCGGGCGACAAUCGAAUUGUUGAACAUUAUGACGCCGAGUAUUCCUACCGGAAAACGAUCACCUGGAAUGGCAUCAAGAUCAGUGACAGUGGAACAUAUGAAUGUCGCGCCAGUACCAUCAAAGAAGAUUCAUUUUCACAAACGACGAUGCAGAUCGUUGAAGUUCAUGAGCCGAUAAAGCCGGAGAUCACGCACACAAACCUUGUCGAAAACGAGGUUGAAUUAUCGUUGGGUGAACCACACCGAAUGGUUUGCAAUAUUAUCGGUCUGCCUGUUCCGGAAGUGAAUUGGUACAAGGAUGGAGUGUUGAUCGAGAACGAUGCGCGAAUCAGUCUAUCGGCCGACAAUCAGACUUUGGAUAUAAAAUAUUUGAAAAUCGAAGACGAUGGCGAAUUCAAGUGCAUUGGAGAGAAUCGGUUGGGUUCGGUGGAGAAAUUGGUCCAUUUGAAAAUUAACAAUCUGCCAUACAUCAGUUCCGGUUGGAUUAUUGGAAUCUCUGUGUUGAUAUUGGUCCUAGUUAUUUGCACAAUCAUUUUACUGAUACGUUUCCGCCGGGAACGAAGGCUUCGCCGUGAACUAAAAGCGGCUGGACUAGCAAACUUUGACGAAGGAAAUCCGGAUAGGAUAAAUCCAGAAUUGGCAUUAGACGAACAGGCUGAGUUGUUGCCAUAUGACAAAAAGUACGAAUUCCCGAGGGAAAAGCUUAAGUUGGGCAAACAAUUGGGUGCCGGUGCAUUUGGAGUUGUUGUAAAAGGCUUGGCUAACGGAAUAUUACCGUACGAAGAGGAAACAACAGUUGCCGUGAAAAUGGUCAAACAAACAGCAGACAAUGAGGUAAUGAGGGCGCUGGUGACUGAACUUAAAAUAAUGGUGCACUUGGGCCAGCACUUGAAUGUGGUAAAUUUGCUCGGAGCGGUGACAAAGAACAUUGCCAAACGUGAAGUGAUGGUCAUUGUUGAAUAUUGCCGAUUCGGUAAUGUGCAAAAUUUUCUGAUCAAACACCGGGAAUAUUAUAUUGAUCAAAUCAAUCCGGAAAGUGAUACCAUUGAUCCGACGAUAUUGACCAAAGAACAGAGAUAUUCCAACGAUAGCGGAUAUGAGUACAACAGUCAGGGACUAAAAUAUGUUAAAUUAUCGUUCUCAAACAAUCAUCUGAAUAGUAGUGGUAAGGCGGUACCGAGUCACCUAAAUUCAAGGGGUGGCUACAUUCGACAAUCCGAUUACUUUUCUGGCGGAAUGGAUAGUGCAAAUACGGAAGCUGCAUUGAUACGACCAACGUCUGUCCCAGCUCCAACAGGCGAAGACAACUUGGUGUUGUCCAACAAUUCAGUACAGCCCGCCUGGCGUUCCAACUAUAAAAUGGACUAUAAAGGUCCAAUGCGAGUGGUGACAACCACCGAUCUAGUGUGUUGGUCAUUCCAAGUGGCUAGGGGAAUGGAGUACUUAGCAUCGAGAAAGGUUCUGCACGGCGAUUUAGCCGCUAGAAAUAUUCUGUUGUGUGACGAUAAUGUCGUUAAAAUAUGCGAUUUUGGACUGGCAAGGUCGAUGUACAAAAGUGAUAAUUAUAAGAAAAAGGGAGAAGCUCCACUUCCAUUCAAAUGGCUUGCUAUCGAAUCCAUUGGCGAUCAAGUGUUUAGCACAUUUUCAGAUGUUUGGUCUUUCGGUAUAGUAAUGUGGGAGCUGUUUUCCUUGGGAAAAGUGCCAUAUCCUGGAAUGGAUGCCGACCAGGGCCUAUAUUUUAAACUUAAAGACGGUUACCGAAUGGACAAACCGGAAAAUGCCACACAAGAAAUCUAUGACAUUAUGUUGCACUGUUGGAAUGCAAAUCCAGAGUCACGACCAUUAUUCAACGCUUUGGAGAAAAGACUAGGAAAACUUUUAGAAAAUGGAGUGGCCGAACAUUACAUAGACUUAAAUGAGCCAUACCUCCAAAUGAAUACUGAUAAUUUUAAGCAAGGCCAUACCGAUUACUUAUCGAUUAUGGGACCACCAGAGGGAAUCGCACCAGCAAUACCUGACUAUGUCAAUAGCCCAGUGAACUCAAGCUUAGAUGCCGUACCUGACUACUUAGCAAUGUCUCCGAAAACCGGAAACGCUGCGCCAAUAUCACCAACAAUAAGAAACAAUUUGAAUCAUCCGAGCCCCAAAAACCGUACCAAAAAGCCAGGUCUUCCCGAAGAAAUGCCAAUGCUGCCCACAGCCAGCACCCAUCGACAUUCGGACUCGGACACUGAUCUGACUCCUGACUACCGAUCGGCGGGUCGAGAAUUUUCCGAUUUAGCACCGUCGGUAAACGAUGCCAAAAGCACAGACAAUUAUGUCAAUGUGCCGUCAACGAUAAUCAAUAUGAACAGUGCGUAUAACAAUAAAGAUGCUGUGAGUAAUCCGGGCUACGUUACGUUCGGAAAAGUGAAUGAGACAAGAACGUAAUUUUCGGUCGCGAGUGUAAUCAGUUUUGGGACGACAAUCAAACGUUUUCAGUUUUAUUUGUUCGCCGAUGGGUGUCGUUUGAAUGGCCAGAUUAUCACAUAUACUUAAUGCUUUAGCUUUUAAUGUUUUAAGUUCAGGUUAAGAUAAAUUAGAUUUUGAAUUAAGUUUUAAUGAUACGAAAAUUGUAACAAUUUAUGCAAACUUAAGUAGACGAGACGUGGAAUUAAAAAAAAAAGAUUUUUUUUUUCUUCAUUUUAAUUGUUACGCUGUAAAAAUGCUCAUACACACCACACCAUUUUUAUAUAGCCUUCGCAUUUACCGCCUAUUUAUUGAAACAUUAUUAAUCCACUCGAUUUUAAUGUAAGUUUCAUGUAUAUUUUGAUCUCGACAAUUAAAACAGAAAAAAAUGAGAAAAUUAUAAAGCUAACAAAC